AGCUGCAGGUUGUAAAUGGUCUUGUCUCGCGCUUUGAGCAGUGUUGUUGCUUUACCUCCCGAACAAGUGACAGCUUUACAAGAGGAAGGAGGAUAACUUUUUUUCUUUCUGCCCCAAGCUUUCGCCUCAUUCCCUUCAUUAUGGAGGCUCGAGCACAUUUCUACCGCGAGGAGAUCAACAGCACGGUGUGGGAGGUCCCGGAGAAAUACACACGGCUUAAACAGAUAGGGACCGGGGCGUACGGCACGGUGUGCUCCGCGAUGCAUGGUGAAGAAAAAGUGGCCAUCAAGAAGCUCCACAGGCCCUUCCAGUCAGAGAUCUUCGCCAAGAGGGCCUACAGAGAGCUCCGCCUGCUCAAACACAUGAAGCAUGAAAACGUGAUAGGACUACUCAAUGUGUUUUCACCUGCCAUGACCCUCGACGAGAUCCAGGACUUUUACUUGGUCAUGCCUUACAUGUUCACUGACCUGUCGAAGGUGCGAGGUCAUCUCACGGAAGACAAAGUCCGGUUUCUCGUCUACCAGAUGCUCUGUGGACUCAGGUACAUUCACAAGGCCGGAAUCAUCCACAGGGAUCUAAAGCCCGGAAACUUGGCUGUAAACCAGGACUGUGAACUGAAGAUCCUGGACUUCGGGCUGGCUCGCGGUACCGACGCUGAGAUGACCGGCUAUGUGGUGACCCGUUGGUACCGGGCACCUGAGGUCAUUCUGAACUGGAGGCACUACACCCAGACUGUGGACAUCUGGUCUGUGGGCUGCAUCAUGGCAGAAAUGAUCAACGGAAAAACCCUUUUCAAAGGGAGAGAUUACAUGGACCAGCUGACUCAGAUCAUGAAAGUGACUGGAGUACCUGGACCAGAGUUCAUACAGAAGCUGGACAGCCAAGAGGCCAAAAAUUACAUUACGGCCCUUCCUCGCUAUCCCAGAAAAGACUUCUCAACAAUGUUCCCCAGAGCCAGUGCAAAGGGUAUCGACCUGCUGGAGAAGAUGCUGGUUCUAGACGGAGACGAGAGACCCACAGCAGAACUGGCUCUGGAGCACCCGUAUUUCGACAGACUAAGAGACCUGGACGACUCACCUGAGCCUGAACCAUACGAUGACCGCUAUGACAACGCCACAUUGAGCCUGGAUGAGUGGAAACGGUUAUGUUUUAGAGAGGUGAGAAGAUUUGUGCCGUUCCCACGACGGGACUCUAAGAGGAAAAACGACCUGACUAUGUGUCCGUGACCCGAUGGAUGACUACCGAUACCCCGACCUCCGCAGCAUAUUGCCAAUGGUGCCCUUGUAUAUUCCAACCAUGGAUUCGCUCUGUUUCUUUUAUCUUGGACUGUGAGGAAUGUUUCCGUCAAAAAAAUUCUUUUGUGCAAUUGUUCCCUAAGUAUGGAUUGCUCUUCAUGUUACACUUUCCCUAUCCGUAUAGUGUCUUGCAAAUGCGUUGUGGACAAGAAUCACAGAGUUUACUGUAACAUUUACUGUAAUGUGGUUUUUCAAUUAAACAAUCAGACGAGA